AUGACAUACUCGACCACGAUUUCGUCUGAAUUCGCUUCGCUACCAGAGCGGUUGAAGGCUGAACUGGAUUUCUUAUCCAGCGGGGAAGGAGCAGUCGUCGCGUUGCCGCCUGCAAAGCUGGAGCGGCCGAUGCACUACGCUUUUGUAGCUUUUCAACCGGAAGCAUCAUUGGCGUUACCACCGUUAAAUGAGUCCAUGAACUUGGUGCUCACACGAAAAGUAAUACCGAGCUCAGUUGAAGCCCUAAAAGAGCUACCUGCUCAAGCACCAUACAUCAACCCGGACAUUAGCGAACUUGAAGAAGCGCUCAAAGAACUCGCAGCUCUAUCCAAAGAGGUCAAGGAUCCUGCUAGCUCCGAGACAGUGUCGUACUUCGGCGACUACCGCGAGCGUACGAAUUCAGUGGAUGGAGCGAUCAAACGCCAAAGAAAAUCGGUAAAUUAUCGCGUUUGCACUGCUUUUUAA